CUUCGGGUCUGCAUCGUCGGCUGUCAUUGCACAUUCUUACGCUCACAAACACUCGCAGAUAGAUUCAUCCGUUAUGGCUGCUCCUCUCAAAACUCCUCUGGGCUUCAAUCCUAUCCCAGCUACUCCCUCUCUCGCUGCGCCCGUAGAGUCCGCAGCUCCAUCUGGAUUGUUGGGCCAGGCAAAGGCUACGUUCGCAAAGGUCCAGAAGUUCCGGGAAGUCUUGAACCUGCCCAACCCCGGCACAUAUGAAGGCGUCAACCGUGAAGUCAAAAACACUUUUUUAACCAACCAUAUUUUUGAUGGUGCCCGCUGUGACAUUACCAAGGUCUUGACUCCCAACUUUCAGGUCACUCAUUCUUUUGCAAUGGGUUCUGCUGUCGCUCCUUCGAGUUAUAAUUUUGGGACCGCAUUCAUUGGACAGCAGUCAUUCCUUUCUGGAAACUUGGAUACUGAUGGAAACGUGCAGGCUAGAGCAAACUAUGCAUGGAACAGCGGUAAUGUCUCUAAAGUCCAGGCACAGCUCUCCAACACUCCUGGGCAUUCAAUGCUGCAAGUAGAGCAAGACUAUAAUGGACGCGACUUUAACCUUAAUAUUAAGGGCGUCAACCCUUCCCCUAUCGAUGGUACUGGAAUUUUUAUUGGAUCAUACCUCCAAUCCGUCUCUCAACACCUCGCCCUUGGCGCUGAAGCUCUCUACCAGCGUCCCACGCCCGGUCAGGAAGAAACUACGCUUUCUUAUGUUGCGAAGUAUACUGGAAACGACUACAUUGCAACCGCACAAUGGCAAGGCUUUGGCGCCCUCUCAGCUGCAUACUACCUGCGCUAUUCCGAGAAAGUUGACUUUGGUACAGAGAUCCAAAUUUUGACUGCAGGAGGUCGUCGUGAUGCUGUGGCAACGGUUGGAGGCAAGUUUGAGUUCAGACGCUCGACCUUCCGUGGGCAGGUUGAUACGACAGGCAAGGUCUCUGCCGUAUUAGAGGAGAAGAUUGUCCCGGGCUUUUCGUUCUUGAUCAGUGGAGAAAUGGAUCAUGGGAAGGGACAGAGCAGGUUCGGUCUUGGCAUGAUGUGGGAGGUCUAAAAAGAGAAGCUUUCCUUUUAUUACUAUUAUUGUUAUUAUUAUUUGGUUGACAUCGACAGGAGAAAGUAUUGCACACAUUUUUUUUAUAACUGGAAUGCAUGCAUGAGGAUUUAUCUACUCAGCGCAAUAGGCUGCACCAAAGACAACAGCCACAAUAACGAUAUGAGAGGAUUUUUUUUAUUCUUUUAAAUAUUGAUAGACAUCAUCAUCACAGUACUAUUACAAUUCCAAUAUUAUUACAUUUUCUCUGCUCUGUAGUUCUAACAAAAUAUUCUAUUAUCCUCCAAAUAAAUAAACAGAUCUGUGCGGACGGGAA